AUGGUACGUUUUACUAACAGCCUCGUAGGAAUACUCAACUUCUUCGUCUUCCUCUUCUCGGUUCCGAUUCUCAUUACCGGAAUCUGGCUCAGCCUUAACGGCUCAACGCAAUGCGAGAGAUUCCUCGACAAACCCAUGAUCGCUCUCGGUGUCUUCCUAAUGAUAGUUGCAAUCUCAGGAGUCGUUGGAUCUUGCUGUAGAGUGACAUGGCUCCUCUGGUUUUACCUCUUUGUUAUGUUCUUCUUAAUCAUCAUCCUCCUCUGUUUCACCGUCUUUGCUUUCCUCGUCACUAAUAAAGGAUCCGGUGAAACUAUCCCUGGAAAAGCUUAUAAGGAGUAUCGGCUCGAUGUUUACUCUGAUUGGUUAGAGAAACGUGUGAACAACGCUAAGCAUUGGAACAACAUUAAAAGCUGUAUUUCCGAGUCCAAGUACUGUGUACACUUGGAGUUGUUCUCUGAUCAUGAGCCUGUUUCUGCUUUCUACAAAAAGGAUCUCUCUGCUCUUGAGUCUGGUUGUUGCAAGCCCUCUAAUGACUGUAACUUCACAUACAUUAGCCCAACGGUUUGGAACAAAACAUCAGGAGCACAUAAAAAUUCAGAUUGUCAACUUUGGGACAACGAUUCCUCGAAGCUCUGCUACAAUUGCCAAGCUUGCAAAGCCGGUUUUCUCGACAACCUCAAGAGCUCAUGGCAAAAAACUGCUAUUUCCAACAUCAUCUUCCUUUUUAUCCUCAUUAUCGUCUACGCUAUGGCAUGUUGCGCUUUUAGAAACAACAAGAGAGAAGAGAGUUAUGCGCGUUCUAAUGGAUCUCCCUACAAUCCUUGA